AUGGUGGGGUUAUCUUUCCGUAUUGCUGUGGUGAAAGGUUUGAGGAAGAAGAAGAAGAUGAAAAGAUCAAAGGUCAAACGGAAUAGAAGAGUCCUACUCUACAAGCUCGAUUCAAAACCACCAGUAACCGUUGACCUUCCGGAGCUCCCUGAGGAUGUGUUGAUGCAGAUCUUGGCGAGAUUGCCCGCGAAGUUAUUGAUGCAGUUCAAGUGUGUCUCUAGGCUCUGGUAUUCCAUCAUCUCAUCCCGUUAUUUUGCUAAUCUUUUCCGUAAAGUUGCAUCGCCGCUACGUGAACGGCGUCUGUUCAUGUACUUAGUGGACAAGAAUGGGCACGGCGACUAUGCCCUGCUCUCUAAAUUGAUUAAGAACUUGAAGGCGAACACCUUCCAACUCCAGGAAUAUGUGACAAUACCAGGAAUGGGAGGCUGCUUGGUCAACGUUCUUGAGGGAUUGAUGUGUUGCAGAAUUGGGAGAAGCGUGAGGAUCUGUAACCUCACCACCAAGCAGCACGUGGAGUUGCCAAUAGUUGUAUCGAACAUCUCGGGAGAUAAUUCCUCCAAUAUGUGGAACCACUUUGGAUAUGAUCCUAUUCAGGAGGAAUACAAAGUGAUUAGCCUAACUUGGGAGAUGGCACAAGAGAGAGUAGUGAGAUCCGAGUAUCACGUUUUGGUGCUUGGCCCUGGAGCUUCUUGGAGGAGAAUCACCCAAAGCGUCCCUCCGCAUCAUCAUCCUUGCUCGCAAGGUGUCUCCAUGGACGGUGUCUUGUAUUAUGGUGCAUUGACUGGUGAUAAUACAUUUCUGGUUGUGAGUUUUAACAUGAGCUCCGAGAAGUUCAAUUUGAUCAAAUUACCCCUUCAUGCUGCUGGCACCAAUCUAAUGAACUAUGGAGGAAAACUUGCUGUCUUCGACUGCUCCCCGGCCCAUCUGGCGAGUGAUCGUAGUUUGGACCUGUGGGUUUUGGAGGAUGAGAGCCAAUGGUCAAACAAGAAGACUUUUGUUUUGCCUAUUUCAAACAUCGUGGUUAUCAUCCCGGGUGAGUUGUCCGUGCAGGGUACUAGUCGUGAGGGUAUGGUUAUGGUUUUCUCUAAGACUGCUUACUCUUCAUUGCAUCUCAUAUGCGAUCUGCAUUCUUGUAAGAUGAUUGAAGGGGUUCUAUUGUCCAAAUUGCGGGAACGCCUCCCUUUUGAGACUGAGUCUUUGCAUAGGACUUAUUGGGAUGAUUUUGAGAGCAUUAUGUAUUUGGAAACCUGA